AACUUAAUUUCCUGCGACGCGAUUUUAUUGGACUUUAGUCAUUGAAAAUGUUAAAUUUAAAACACUUUGCCAGCCACGCCUACCGCCAGUACGAACUGGUGACGUGCGUGAACAUGCUGGAGCCCUGGGAAAAGAAGCUGAUCAAUGGAUUCUUUCUGGUGAUGCUGCUCCUGGUGCUCUUCUCCAGCUUCAUGUAUCUUCCCAACUACAUGCAAACCCUAAUGCAAUUUGUAACGCCGCCCAACUGGCACAAUUCCCCGGAUAGCGCAGCCUAUGUGGCACAAAAGAUCGCACGGAGCUGAGCUCCUACUACCAACUUCGUACAAGUGCAUACUCCCUAUAGAAAGACAACUAUGAUUUAAAGCUUAUAAUAUUAUUGUGAUUUACGUCGACUGGUCCAAGAUCUACAGAUAACAAUGGUCUCCACUAUUCGCAAGGCGGAUGUGUUGAAGAACAGGCCAACCAGUCCUCCAAGGGAAACUGAAAAGGCGGAAUUGAAUUCGAAACUAUUAUAUAUAUGGAUAGCGUAGCUUACUCAAGAAGUCCAGUAUAGUCUUGGUUACGCGACGAACGUAUCGUUGUGUUGGCAGUUCAACCAAGGCCACGCGGAUUUCGGACACUUCAUCUGAGGCUUCAUCAUCCCUUAAAGUUAAAAGAUACAUUUUUAAGUAGCCCAUUUACUUAUUUCAACUCUCAAUGUUAAAUUGUGCAAAUGAAACAUCCUAAUGUGCUUACUCAUC